GUGCGGCAUAGUCCGGCCCAGUGUGGGCAGGCCCCGCCCCGCCCGUCCCCGUUCUCCGCCCCCCUGGGCACAGGCGGGAGGGGGCGGUGAGUGAGUGAGUGAGGAGCGGGUGAUGGGGGAGAGGAGAGCCCAGCACUAGCCCUCGGGGCGGAUGAGUGGAGCCCGGGUGUCCCGGCGGUGGCGGGGCAGGAGGAGGGGGCGAAGGAGGUGGUGGUUCUGAGGGGACAGGGGACUUGGUUGGAGCCCUGAUCAUGGAGAUCGAGAACAUCGUGGCCAACACGGUGCUGCUGAAAGCCAGGGAAGGAGGGUGUGGCAAACGGAAUGGACGCAGUAAGAAAUGGAAGGAGAUGCUAAGGUUACCACAUCUCAGUUAUUGUGAAGACCUUAGACAUUCAAUCGAAAAAAACUAUAACCAGCUCUGUGACAAGCAGCCAAUAGGGAGACUUCUCUUCAGACAGUUCUGUGACACUAGGCCAGAUUUGAAGACAUGCAUUGAAUUCCUGGAUGCAGUGGCCAAGUAUGAAGUGUCUUCAGAUGAAAAGCGUAAAGAUUGUGGUCUGAAAGUUUUAGACACAUACUUCGCUAACGGGUCUGCAGCCCACUUACCGGAAAUACCUCAAGAUACAGUGAAUGAAUGUAAAACAAGACUGGAACAGAACCCUUGCAAAGAUCUUUUUAAUGACUGCACUAGGGUUGUCCAGGAUUAUUUAAGUGGAGCACCUUUUGAGACUUAUCAAAAAAGCAUCUAUUUCUCUCGUUUUUUACAGUGGAAAUGGUUGGAAAGGCAACCAGUAACCAAGAACACAUUUAGACAUUACCGAGUACUAGGCAAAGGAGGAUUUGGGGAGGUAUGCGCUUGCCAAGUGCGGGCAACAGGAAAAAUGUAUGCUUGUAAAAAGCUAGAAAAAAAGAGAAUAAAGAAGAGAAAAGGAGAAUCGAUGGCAUUAAAUGAAAAAAGAAUUUUAGAAAAAGUGAACAGUAGAUUUGUAGUUAGUUUAUCCUACACCUAUGAGACUAAAGAUGCCCUAUGUUUAGUAUUAACCAUUAUGAAUGGAGGCGAUUUGAAGUUUCACAUUUACAACAUGGGAAAUCCUGGCUUUGAUGAAGAAAGGGCUGUUUUCUAUGCUGCAGAGCUCUGCUGCGGCUUAGAGGACUUACACAGAGAGAGAAUUGUUUACAGAGACUUGAAGCCUGAAAAUAUUCUCCUUGAUGACUGUGGACACAUCAGGAUUUCAGAUCUUGGAUUAGCUGUGCAGAUCCCAGAAGGAGAAACAGUCCGAGGGCGGGUUGGAACAGUUGGAUAUAUGGCUCCAGAAAUCCUCAACAAUGAAAGCUAUACAUUCAGCCCUGACUGGUGGGGUCUUGGCUGCCUAAUUUAUGAAAUGAUUCAGGGACAAUCACCAUUCAGGAAGCGUAAGGAAAAGGUCAAACUGAAUGAGAUAGACCGAAGAGUGAAGGAAGACCAGGAAGUGUACUCGGACAAAUUCUCAGAAGAGGCAAAAUCCAUUUGCAGGAUGUUACUUGCCAAAGAUCCAAAGGAAAGAUUGGGGUGCACUGGAGAUGGGGCUGCUGCUGUAAAGCAGCAUCCCAUUUUCAAGAAUAUUAACUUCAAGAGACUGGAAGCAAACAUGUUAGAACCUCCAUUUUUACCAGAUCCACGUGCGGUGUAUUGUAAGGAUGUCUUGGAUAUAGAGCAAUUCUCCACAGUAAAAGGAGUGAACCUGGAUACUACAGAUGAUGACUUCUAUUCCAAAUUUGUUACAGGUUGCGUCUCAAUCCCUUGGCAAAAUGAGAUGAUUGAAACAGAAUGCUUUCAAGAGCUCAAUAUGUAUGAAACUGAUGUCACUUUGUCACCAGACCUAGAUAUGAGUAAAGAUACUCCUAGACCAAAGAGAGGCUUCUUUCACAGACUCCUCAUGAGAGGGGUCUGUUUUAAAUCUGGUUAUAUUGAUGAUGAAGAGGAGUUCUCUAGACUCUAAAUCAGAGAAUUGUAGCCAAAAAAUAAAAGGAUGAGUGAACUCUGAAUGUUUUUAUCUAUGUAAAGUGUAUUAUAAAUGUAAAAAAUUAUGUAUGGGCUUACAGAUAUUGUAUAUUUGUACUUAGUUUUAAGUGUUAAGAUGUAUAUUUUCACUAAAUCUUUAUUGUACAAAAGCCAUGAGUGCCACUUAAGUGUAAGCAUGUAUGUGUGAUAUAUUAUGUAUUUUAGUAUGAAGCUGGAAAUACUUAAGGGUUUUAAAGUACAGAAACUUACGCUAUCUGUGAUAUGGAUGUUACUUGGCUUUGGGGGUGGUUGUUGUUGUUCCUGGCAACUCCACUGAAAGGCACUAUGUUUCUUAUUCCUCAGAAUAUUAUUUAGGUUUGUUCUCAACAGUAGACUAACUGUUAUACUGAUUAGUAUUAAUAUUUCUGGUGUUAAUAGCACUUCAUUUCUGUUUGCUGUCAGAUUGCACUCUAAUGUAGUUCCCAAGUCAUUUAAAAUGAAACUGCUAGGAAAAGAAGGAAUGAGUUCAGUGCACUGUGACCAGUUUCUGUAAAAUACUUUUUACAAGUUUGGAUUUAAAGACUAGUUGUUCUUGGUUUGUAUAUUGUGUGUAAUAUGUAAUGCCUUAUUUUUGAAACAAACUUAAUUUCUCCAAAUGUUGAUAUCAGGAGACAGUAAUAGAUUUCUGACUAAGUAUAUAUAUUCUCCCCCAUUUAUCAGAAAGAUAAAUGGUUUCUCUGUAUGUUUUUAGAAUAAUUGCCUUUCUAUUCAUAUCUUUGUCAGGAGUGAACACAACAGGAAUUCCAGAUUUUUUAGAAGUAGUAAUUUAUGCUUUUAGUCCAUAGCUUUCCGCUUCCCCACUCUAGCUAUAGCUUAUUUGAGUAAGGCCUUUGUCUACACUGGAAUCAGAACCUUGCCAGCUAUACAACUUGACUAUGUUUUGAAUGUUUCAUGGUUAUUGCUAACAGGAUUUCCUUAGGCACUGUGGACAGAACUUUUUCCCCUGAGAUUGUUAGCCAACUCCAUGCUAUAUAGGCUUUCAUUUAUAGCAAGGAUUGGUAAGUUGGAAUCUUGAAAAAUGGUAUGAUCUGAUCUACCACACAAUAACUCCUUGCUUACUGCUAUUGUAGAUUCUUACAUUUUGGUUACAGUAUUGACUGUGAUCAUGACUACUGAGUAAAAAUAAAACUAAUAAUUAAGAAUCUUUCUGUAGGAACUCUUAAACACAUCAAAAAAAGAAUAAUUCCCUAAACCCCAAGCCUCACUGAUAUUCUUUCUUAAAGGUGGAACUGGUACUGCUGCCUGUAGAAAUGAUUGCUCAAGACUUCCCAUUAUAAGACCCAGUUUUUUAUUCCUUAUAACUUUGCCAAAUUUUAACCUUCUUGGCUGAAGCUAUCCAUCCAGAUGUCUGCCUGACUCUUUCUACCUACCUACUAAAAUUGUUUCUAAGAUUAUAUUAAAGUCCAAACAACACAUUUUGCCAAUGUUAAUAAUAUUCUUACAACUAUUUAAUUAAGAGGCUGUAGUGCUUCCACACGUUGGAUCAGGAACUUGAAAUUUGGGCAGGGGAGUUUACCCCAGAGUCAGGGGUGUGCCUUUGCCAUCCCCAGAAAAACCUCUCCAAAUUUGACCAAGUGAUAAGCCUUUGAAGUUUGUGCAUGCGCAGAGACUUGCUUGACAGCUAAAUUUUUCUGAAGAUUCCACUGUAUUGAGCAUGCUCCAUUCCCCUCACAGCUCCUGUGUGACAAUUGCACUGCAUUUAUGCCAUUUGCACAGAGCAACUGAGCAUGCUUCAACCCAAGGCUCAGAACAGGACUUUUCCUGCAAAUGCUGCUCCUGGCUGUGGGAGGUAGUUGUAACCCAUGGGCAUGUGAACUGAGAUCGGGGAGACUCUCCUGUGCUCUCAAUAUUCCAAUUGCUGGCACCCAGGUAGUAUGGAGAAGGAGGAAAUGGCUGCAUUGGAAUGCACAGAAGUGGGAAAUGGGGGCAAGAAAGAAUGCUAGGGGGUUGCAGGAACCAGAGGCUUGGCAAAGCAGAGGAGGAGGGGGGACAGGAGCCAGGGGAUGGGAGGUUGGAUAGAAAAAGCAGAGGGAGACAGAGAGGCUAGAGGUAUAGGAGUAAGGGCAUAACCACUGGAGAAUUUGGGACAUUUACCAGAUAGAGAACAGUGAUAUUGCUUCUCUAAUUUGAUUAAUAUAAAUUUUAUGUUACAACAUCUGGUGUUUAGUAUAGUGAUACAAAGGUAACAGUAACAACAGUGGACAUAUGGAGUGACAUAUGGACUUAAUAGCAGCUUAGAGCAAUUUGGGCAAGAAUACCAUGGCCCCAGCCUGAGUGGUUUUAAAUGAUGAGACCACAGGUAUCAGCUUUAAACAGAUUAAAGAAAUUAGUAUAUUUAUAUUUGCCAUGCAUGUCAAGGAUAUUCUCUUUUUUUAUAUAGACAAUACCUUAAUUAGGAAAUCAACUAUUAUAACACCCUUAUUCUAUCUAAUCUAAACAGAAAGUUCUAUUUCCAUAACACAGGACAGCAGCUAAGGAAAUGAGUGCUAAAAAUGUUAGAGAACUGAAAGAUUUGCAGAAAGUACAACAGUGACUUCUUAUAAAUAAUUCACAAUAAAUAGCAAGUGAUAUCAACCCUUCUCAAUAAUCGGAGUUCUUAGUCAUUACUCACCUAAGUAUGGAAAACAAUGCAAGAUGCAUGCAAGGCUUCUAUUGACUUCAGUGGGACCUGUGCUCAUGCACCCUGCAGAAUUUGGACCUUGUGGUGUAACUAAAAAAGUAUCUGUAUGAACAAAGUUACAAAAUUAGGGCAAUUGUAACCUAAACCAUAUUUCUGUUCUCUCAGUUCCACCAAUUAAGAAAAAAAAGAUUGCAGUUCCUUACUCGGACUGACAAUUCAUGACCCCAGUUGGCUGGGAGGAUGCCCUGUCCAGUCUUGGGCCUCCCUCAGAGAGAGGCUAUGUUUACAAGUAACCUUGCAAAAAAAAAUUGACUGUCCUGUCCUGUUCUAGUUUUUAACAUCUCAAUCAGAUAAAAGUUACUGCUACUUCCUACUGCACUCCCACCCAUUGAUGUGCUCAUUCUUAAUUCUUCAUAUGGACCAACACAUACGUACUGUAAAUUUGCUCAAAAAAGGAAAUAUUGUUCAGAUAUGGGCAAACAAGGAAAAUUUAGUUUUUAAUCUCAAUUGUUUAAACCUUUGCCACCUGUCGAAAUUUUAGGCCACUGGUAAAGGGGCAUUCUUUACAAGCAACAGCAUAUUGUUUUUAUAAAUGGGAGUUUUAUCUAAAGUCUAAUGUAUUGACCAAGGGUCUAGCUGUAAAGAUUCCUGGGUUUUAUUCCUAGCUAUGUCAGCAUCUGACCUUUAGCAAAUCACUAAUGUGUAUGAACAUCUCUAAAAUGUGCAUGCUAUCUACUGUAAAGGAAUGUUGAGGUCUAACAUUGUAAUGCUUGUGAGAAUUGUGGAUGGAAGAUGCUAUAUCUCAUUUUAUCUGAAGUGAGAAGUAGCAUCUUUUUUUCCUUACCCCAAAGCCUGCUGUGUCUUGUCAGAGAAAUUGUCAAAUUUUCAUAGCUUUCCAAAUGAACAUCUCUUUCACUUGCCAAAGCAGUAAAUUAAAUUUAUUUGAACAUUCAUUAAAUUUGUUUAACUUGUGCGUUAUUGCACUCUUAUUGUUUGCAAAGUACAUUUUAAAAUAUGUAUUUAUAGGGCCAAAUUCACUAGUGCAUUCUGGCUACUUUAUGCCAUUCAAGCAAUACAAAGCAGCUGAAAAUAUGGUGUAACUGACCACUUAAAUUGGGUUUGCAGCUGCUUUGCAUCACCAGAGUGGCAUACAAUGGCACGAUCGUACUAAUGAAUUUCGCCUAUAGUGAAGGCUGCAUUUUUUGCCAUGAGGGAGUCAUAGAUUUUUAACAUUAUAUCCAUGAUUUCUGAGACUUUGGGUUGUGGAUAGGUGGAUGUAACAACGAACAGUUGAAUCAAUUUUACUAAGAACUUUGAGUCAUCAAAUUUAAAACUUAAUCUGCAAAGGGAGAUAGAGACAGAUGGAAAUCCAGUACUAUAGAGGGAUCUGUACAGUGCUGCUGUCUUUGCUGCCUUUGCGGAGACAAGCAAAUUGUGCCAUAAAGGCAGCAUUUAGAGUCUCUUGCCUGCCCAUCUUCCCAUGCUACUUUCUGUCCACUGAGGGACUGAUCUUGUGCUAUUUAAGUCAGAAGAAGUUUUAUUGAUGACGUCAGUCGGAGCAGGGUUGGGGCUGUAGUGGGCAAGCAAGGGAAAAUGGUUCUAGUUUUCCUUUUAUGUCCUGUUUCUAUAAACACUUAUGCUAAGCUUCAUUACUCCGAGUUUCCCCAUUGGGACUGCUCAAAGUAGUAAAGUUAAACGUAUGCAUAAGUGUUGCCAAGAUUAGGGCCUAAGUCACGUUUCAGUGAGUUUAAAUUGAUAUUUUAUGACAAAAUACGUGAAUUUGUCUUUUUGCCUCUUAUUCAGUGAGCAGUCUGACUUUUGUGUCAUUCACCAUGGCAGAGCACUAGCCUCAGCACUUUAUAUAAGGAAUCAGUAAACUAAACUGUCACCAUUGCAAACAUCUAUGAUAGUAAAAGUAACUAAGACAUAAAACAUGACCAAAUACUAGUGAACAGACAUUGCCUAAUGUGAUUCCAUUCAUGAAUUAGAAAGCCACAAACCAUAAGUAUAAAUGUAACCCAUUUACAUAUGGUACAUUGAUAUUAUCACCUUCCUCUGUUAUCAUGAGGUAGUAAUAUUGAUUAAUGUUCUCAUUGAAUCGCUUGUUUUAACACUUCUUGGAGGUAAAUUUUGAAAAGCACUGAAGGCAGAAUAUUCAUGGUGUGGUAAAUUACAAUUUUUUGCUGUGAACUUUGCCUUGAUUCAUAGCUCAUGCAGUAUGUAGAACUUCGUGACAAAUAAAGGAGGGAAGGACUGAAGAGUUCUGUUUGUGUAUAUGAACAUGUCCCUUUAGCUUUUACCGUGAAGUUGUACAAAAGCCAAAGCAAAUUCCAAUCUUACACUGUUGUAGAUUAGGAGUAAUUCCAUUGUAGUCAAUGAGUGAGUUACUUCCAUGUAAAGCUGGUAUACAUGAGAUCAGAUUCAAAACCCCUGUGUUACUCACAAGGCUAUAAUAAUGGCAAGCUAUGGAUCUAAAAUAUUGGGCCUGAUUGUGCUCUUAUAUUGUGUAAUUGAUUUCAGCAGAGUUACACUAGUGUGAGAACAUAAUCAGUUCCCUUUGUCCAGGGGCGGCUCCAGGCCCCAGCACGCCAAGCACGUGCUUGGGGCAGCAUGCCGCGGGGGGCACUCUGCCGGUCGCUGGGAGGGUGGCAGGCAGGGCUCCGGUGGACUGCGGGAGGUCCACCGGAGCUGCGGGACCAGCGACUGGAAGAGCGCCCCCUGCGGCAUGCCGCCGUGCUUGGGGCGGCGAAAUAUCUAGAGCCGCCCCUGCCUUUGUCUUUGUUUUGUGUUCUCUAGUGUUUGUCCCUGUAUGUCCUUAAUUUCUUAAUGUCCAUACAUAAAUAUACAUAUUUAGCUUGUAUUUUCAAAGCAGUGAAAUAAUAUGCUAGUAACUCAAAAGUUUUCAUUAUCCUAUCCUGUGACCAACAAAAUAGAGUCUUUAUGUCUCAGGCUGUUUUUGUUUCUAUAAAGAGUUCUUCUGCUUCUUUGUUGUUAGUUGAUGAUAUAGCACUAUAUGUCUGUGUUCACAAUACCUAUAUAAAAGUCUCCAUUUAAAAAGUCAGCACUUAAAAUUACUGCACCACAGUAUAUGAAAAAAUUGUGGUAUCUCAGGUAACAUAAUGUAGUAUCUAUUGGUGAAUGCUGCGUAUUUUCCUCAAGUUAGUUAUAAGCUUUAGUUAUGCAGCCCUAUUCCCAUAUAUGAAAGAGAAUUGCUUUAGUUCAGUGGAAAAUUUGACUACUUUGAGAAACCAGGCAUAGACUUUCCAGAAAAUAAUACAUACUGAUGGUGAUUCUUAAAGGAUGAAACUAAUUAAACUUUGCCAAUUGGUUCCAAUGUGGUAUUUGUUGUGACUGUAUUAUAAAUGCUGAAUCCAACUUUGCACAGUGUAGAGAAAUUUCUCAUUGUGUCAAUAAUGAAAUCAAAAAGUACUGUUCACACGAUUCUAGAAACAUGUCAACAGAGACAUUAGAUCUUUGUUUUAGUUCUGUAACAUGAACUUAAUAUUAAGUGAGCAACUGUUUGAAGAGCUGUAUUCAUUUGUUUCCAGAAAAACUCGAGUAACUUUCUUUCGUUACACAGUUGACCUAUCAGCACAACAGCUUCUUCUAAUACAUUAAUAGAAGCAGCAUUAAACUGAAUUCUAGUUCUAUCUGACUUGAAUGAUCUGGAUGCUUUCUGAUGGUAAUGUUAUCUCUUAUGAAUGUCUGCACAAUGUCCAUAUUUAUUGUAUUGUCCACAUGGAGAAAUUUACUAAUUUUUGAGCACGUGUAGGUAGCUCGCCUUUCUUCUUUGUAUAAUGAUGUCAAUAUAUCAGAAUUAUUGUUCAAAGUAUAACCAUUUUCAUUGCUAAAUGUGAGCAACAUAAGUUAUAAAAGUGUCUUCCAACCACUAAAGUGUUCUUGUAUCAGCAGCUUUAUGUUCUAUCAAGCAUUUUUUAUUACUGAAAUAAAAGCAAAACACUGCCACAAAUAGA